CGAUUCUUCUUUUAUUGAUAGACUCUAUCUGGGACGCAUGUCUGGUGAGAUGUCAUCAUUACCUGCGUUGAAUGAAUGAAAUUUCUCCAGAUGUCGAAAAUGCGGUCGAACUUCUCCAUAUAAAGUCUCAUUUAAUUUGGAUCGUGCCAUACGGCGCAACAGCAGCAGCAGGUCCCGGUUUGCUACGCCUUACUGGAAGCUCUUGGCAACGCGACUCAGCCAGCUGCAAUAGCCAACUGCGUUGUAUGGGGUAGCUGUGACCGCAUAUCAAUCGAUAUUUACGGCUCAUGCAGAAGGCAGCAAUUAGUUAUCUUUUAGAGGAAAUUUUGAUUCACCUUCUUUUAUUCAUUUCAUCGUCUCUCUUUAAUUUCUCAAGUUUUUUUCUCUUUUGUUCUUCGACAGGUAUUUACCCUUCACCGACCAACCUAUUCCUAUCAUCGCAAACCACAGAAGCAUUUUUCCACCCGACGUCAUGGCGAGACACAACUACCCGUACAAGAAGAGCGUCACCGUUACCGUUUGGGUUAUCCAAUUCAUCGUCUGCUUAAUCCUCCUAGCUGCAUCGUCAUGGAUAAUAUGGCUUAUAGCAUCGAACAACCGUCCUAAAAACUUUAGGGAAUGGCGAGGGUUCUUCACCGCCGCUGCUGGCCUCCAGAUCGGCAUCGUCUCCGUGAAUAUUAUAAUGAACAUCGUCGAGAUCGUCCUGAUUGCGAAGAAGCGAAUGCCGCCGGCACUAUUUCUGACGAACGCAUGCCUCAAGUCCGCAAUCUGGGGUAUCCUUUUCAUUCUAAACGUCCUCUCGGUGUCGCUUAUCGCCAUAGUUUUAACCUUAAUUCUCUUCUUGACAUCCAUGGUCCAACUUGUCCACGCAGCCAUCAUCGUCCACCGCAAACGUCACGGUUUCUAUGAAGGCGGUGAAUACUCCCGCGCCUCAAACCCAGUCGACCUCAUGUCGGGCAUGGCUGUCGGCGUGGAGACACAGUCCGGAUACCUCAACGAGAACGUCAAUACGGAGUACAAGACGCCGUUGGUGGAACCGCCGGAGUACGGAAACACAACUAUGGCAUACUCCCCGCGUCAGCCCAGCCCCUUGUACGAGCUAGACAACCGGGACCGGAACUAGGACCUCUCGUCGGUGACUUAUGAGACAAUCACAUUGGUCUGACGGACGGGUUGAAGGAUUGCAUUGCGUCGAAAGCGGGAGAGGACUGGACAAGGACCGGAUUUUGAUCUUUCCACUGUGCGACUGUGUUUUGUGCAUAUUAUUUCUUGCCUGGGGGGUGGAUGUGGACAUAUAAAGGCGGUUAAGAGAAUUGUUGAUAGACAUUAAUACCGUACAUCGCGUACAUCGCGUACACUGCGAGAAGGGGGCUCACCUAAGCCCUUAUAACUGACUGCAGCUCUUCAUGUCAUCCGAGUACGAGCUGGACUGUUUCAUACGUCAAUGAUAGUCACUUAACCAUGCUGAAUGUUGCCAGGUUGGUAAGAUCAUCGCUUAUGGGAGCAGUGUGAUUUAUGUUUCCAGUGGAAUGUGUAGGUCUCAAAAGAACCCCAUCUCGUCCGGUUCUCUUUUUGAAACUGAGGCGCGGUAUCGUGCUUGUACUCAAGUACCCUCAAGAAAUUAGUUAGCCCGAGUUUAGCCGACACGGAACUCGGCAAGAAGGAAGAACUCCGCGUGGUCCAAGCGGUCCAAAUAUCUGGGGCAUCUAAGCCAUCAAAGCUUCCCAAGGUUCGGCCAAAGCUUGUCUC